AUGGAAGACCUGCCCUACUUGGAGAUUUUAAGCGCACCAGAUGUAAAAAGCCUAAACCACGAGGGCCUCCAUGUAGAGGCAGGUGUCCAGAAUGAAGAAGGGGAAGGCGCAACAAAAAGCCCCCAGAGCUAUGAGAAACAAGGCUCUUUGAUCACGCUUGCUUGGAGUAAACCACCAGAUGAGGAAGCAGACUAUGAGGCAGAGACUUCCCAAGGGGAUACGUCACAGAGUGAGGAUGUUGAGAGCGGUUUGAAGACUCAAGUCCAGUCCACACGAUGUGAGGAGACGGUUUGGGAACGAGACACAGAAGAGCUGAAACCCACUCACUCUGAUACUGCAGAUGACCAGUCCACAGAGCAGCAGUGCAGCACAGUAGAACAGCUGCACUUGAAUACGGGAUUAACAACUGAUCAACCAGACGAGGGAGAAGCUGCAUCCGGGUAUGACGUGCAAACACACAAGUCCCAUCUCUUGGCCGAUUCCUCUGGGACGAACUCCCAUGCUGCAGAUGGCCUCGGUUCUGGAGCAUCCAAUGACGUAACUAAUGCUGGCAGAGAAGUGACUGAGGCGGAAAUGAGCCCCACUGCAAUGGAGUCUGAGCUGUGGGACCUUGGAGGAGCUGAACCUGCUCACAAUGAGGACCAGAAACGUUCUCCAGAAGCACCAGUGAGAUUGUUGAAAACCCUGCACUCACCAAGAUAA